CAGCGAGGCCCCCGGGCGAGGCGUUCGGUCCUGGUCGCGGCUGGGAGAUAUCCUGGACCAAUCCUCCAUUUGAAUAUGUUCCAGUUCAUCUGAUGUUACAUCACCAGGUUAACACAUAUGGAGAUUUCCACAAGAAAUUAGAGAAGAGUCCCAGUGGUUACUAAAAUUCUGGUCUAGAUGUAUUAGGAAAGAUAGAUGGACUAUAAGGCAGUUGCCCAACAAACUGCCCAAGAAGUUUUUGGUUACAAUCAAGAUACAUCUGGCUGGAAAGUGAUUAAAAAUUCAAAAAAGGUAACUGUUUCCAUCAAGGCUUCUAAAAGAUUUGUCGGAAAUAUAUAUCGUGUUGAAGGGAUAAUUCCAGAAUCCUCAACUAAACUAUCUGAUUUCCUCUACCAGCCUGGGAACAGGCUUAUAUGGGACAAAUCAUUGAAAGCAUACAAUGUGGUACACAAGAUUGAUUCGGACACAUUUAUAUGUUAUAUCAUUACGCAAAGUUUUGCCAUGAGCUCAGUUUCCUCCCGAGACUUUAUUGACUUAGUAUUCAUCAAGAACUAUGAAGGAAAUAUGGCCAUUAUCAGCUCUAAAAGUGUGGAUUUCCCAGGAUAUCCUCCAUCUUCCAAUUAUGUCCGUGGUUGUAACCAUCCUUGUGGCUAUGUAUGUUCACCUCUGAAAGAGUUAAUAUGUUUGUCUUCUAGCCACCUUUAGGAGAGAAUGCAAAGAAAAUUAGUAAGAGGGGAGAAGAACACAGUGGGGAAGAUGCCAGCAGCUGGGAAGUAUGUGCAAACACAGAGAUUGAAAAAUAAAGGUAAUCUCUGCUUUCUCUUCCCCAAUCUUUGAAUGCUUUUUAUCUUGCUAAAACUGUAGACACUGAGUAUUAUUUUUCCCUUUUCUAAUAAAUUUUUGGGAGACAAUUAUAGGUACAAAUAUGAUUUAGGACAUGAUUUAUUUUAUUGAAUAUGCCACUGUAUUAAGUCAUUUUCCAAGCACUGGGACAGACACCCACCACUGAAAGAGAUUGGUUUGUUUUUGCUCAUGGUUUUCAAGUGAUUCAGUCCAUGGUAGGCUGUCUCCAAGGCAGACGUGGCAGGACAGACGGUAAUGGCAGGGCCGAGGAUUUAGCUCAGUGGUGCCACUGCCUCCCUUGCAAGUGCAAGGACCCAAGUUUAAUCCCCAGUACCAAAAAAAAAAAAAAAGAAGAGCAUGGCAGAGAACAACUGCUCACCCUGUGACAGUGAAGCAGCAGAGAACAAGGGAGGAUCUGGGAACAAGAAAACACCCUUCCUAGUCAUGUCCCAAAUGACCCACCACUUCCACCAAGCCCCAGCUCUAAACAUGAGACUUCGGGGGGACAUUUUAGAUCUAAACCAUAACACUCUGCCCCUGGUCUCCAAAAGGCUCAUAUCAGUCUCAUUAUGCAAAAUGCAUUUAGUUCACCUCUAAGUGAUGACAUAUUGUUUACAGUGCCCACGAUGUUGAAAAUUCCAUUUCCCGAGACUCAAGGCAGCUUGAGCUGCGAACCCCUGUAAAUUUCAAAAAGUUAAAAUACUUCCAACAUACAGUGACCCAUGGUAAUCAUUCCCAUUUCAAAAAGAAGGAAUGGCAAAAAGAAAUCAGACUAAGGCAAGACGAAAAGCCAGCGUGGCAAACCUUAAAUCUUGCAGCUUCAUGUGCAACAUACAGGGCAGGCUGAGGUAAGAUACAAUACUGAAGGCUGGUUUGGUGUCAUGGGAAGUCAAAGAACGAAACAGCAUUACAAGGUGGCAAGAUAAGUUGCAAAUGGGGAAGCUUAUUGAGAAAGAAAAGACAAAAAUAAAAAGCUCCCACUGACCAGGUGGGGGCCUGAACAAUCUGGGAGAAAUUUAUCUAGCGCAGUGAUGAAAAACCAUGGCACCCAUGGGGCAGCAGUCUGUUUGUAUCAUUGAAAGUUCUAAAAGGUUCACCAUCGUGGGUCUUCAGGGUUCUUCCUACUCCCUAGAGUAGAAAUUUGCUCAGUGUCUAGAGGGCAUUAAUCAUAGGUAGCCUCAUAAUCUUCAAAUACCCAAUUCAAACUCAGGCUUCCAAAUGUAGAGUUCAAAAGUUCAGUUGCUCAGCAUUCCUGAAUUCCUCAAAACCAGCUCAGAUGCAGGGUUUGUUUACUUGGUGCAUUCCAUUUCCUUUAAGGGAUUCAUUCCCUGGGUCAGAGUCCUAACUGCCUGCCCCUGUCAUAACUCCUACACUAUGGUAUUGCCAGUUGCAGCACACUUUGCCUCUCUCUCAGGCUGGUUGCACUCACUGCCUGCAGUUUUCCUCAGCAGAUACUCCAUGUUUCUGCAAUCACUUAAAUUCCUGGGGCAGCUGGGCACAGCUACACUUGCAGCAGUAUGGAGGCUUAGGCAGUAGCAUUGCUGCAAGUUCAAGGCCUGGGAUAC